GUUAUUUAGUCUUAAAGAUACGUGUCUGAAGUGAGAUUUGGGUCUUAGAACUGUAGUCUGUCAUUUUCUGCAGUAUACUCUUCUCUAUGGAUAGUGCUGCAGCCUGGGCACAGUUAUUAUUUUGAGGCCACAGCGUAUCCCUUGUCAGUAUCGAUAACAAAAGUGCUUCAGGGUGUCACCGUUGAGCGCCACAGAGUGCAAGGCAUUACACUGAAAAGAAUCAGUUUGCAGGCUGGGAAUGCAUGUCCAAUUCCAGGGCCUCUCGCCCUCUGCUUCCUGAGGAAACUUGAUAAUAGUACAGGUUACUCUGAGAUGUAAAGUAUACUUGCUUUAUUUCAGAGAAACUUGAAAGCGAACCGAAAACUAAUAGAAAAUUCGUAUGCGUAUUAUACUUUGCGUUUAUUUGCAUGGACAUCCUUGACCUUUCAAAACCUCAAAAGUUACACCUGGCAGAGGGAAAGCUAACCAUGUCCUUAAAUUCAUCUACCCUUUUAAAUGAAGAAAACACUCAAGGAGUAAAAAGAAAUAGUGAGUGUCUGGAAAGUGUACUGCAGACUCCAUCAUCGUUUCAAGAUAAUCCACUUCAACAAUUACAGUUAGCAUCACAGGAAGUACUGGAAAAGGCAAAAAAGAGUGGGAGAUCGAAAUGCCCCCGAUGCAAUAGUUCAAGGAUGUUUUAUUGUUACACAUGCUUUGUUCCUGUUGAAACUGUCCCUACCAAAGAAAUUCCAACUGUGAAGUUACCUUUGAAGAUUGACAUUAUUAAACACCCAAAUGAAACAGAUGGCAAAAGCACUGCUGUGCAUGCUAAGCUCCUGGCACCUGAUGAUGUUACAAUUUAUAAAUACCCUUGCAUUCCAGAAUAUGAAGAGAAGAGACAUGAAAUAGCACUUAUAUUUCCUGGCCCCAAUUCAGUUUCAGUAAAAGAUAUUGCUUUCCAUCUCCAAAAGUACACCAAGAAAGGUGUCUGUGCUAGUGACGAUGACUGUUCCAGAGAGCCACUUCUUAAACAAGCAAAAAUAGAACCUGAAGAAGAAAAGAAUCCAAAUGACUGCAUCUCAAGCAGCAGGAGUGAAGGCACUAGACUGAAGAAGAUAAUAUUUAUUGACAGUACCUGGAAUCAAACUAACAAGAUAAUAACUGAUGAACGACUUCAAGGGUUACUGCAAAUUGAGUUGAAGACAAGGAAAACUUGCUUUUGGCGUCAUCAGAAGGGAAAACCAGAUACAUACCUUUCCACAAUAGAAGCAAUUUAUUAUUUCCUUGUGGACUAUCAUCAGGAGAUUUUGAAAGAGAGCUACAAAGGACAAUAUGAUAAUCUGCUCUUUUUCUUUUCAUUUAUGUACACAUUGAUUAAAGAUGCCAAGUGUUGUGUGGGAAAAGAGUCUGAUGUGCUCACUGUGAUGAGCACAUUUCCUGAGAUGGGAGUGGAGGACUUGACCCCUCUUGCCAUAAGGAGUGAUCUCUUAACUAGUUCCAGUAUUGGCAUGCUACUGAUAACAGAACUGGGAUCUUCCUGUGCUGCUGAGUUUACUGUGUCAUUUGUACCAGUGACCAGAGCCAAGUCUGUAUCUCAGACAAAAAGGAAAUAUAUUACAAAAUGUGUUAUUAUGAAAGGAAAAGCCACUGCUUCAAGUUAUCAAGACAACACCAAAGCACAUUAAUCAAGCAUACAAUAAAUGAUGACAGUUUGUUGUUUCAUCUGAAUGAAAAAAUUAAAUCCAUCUGUUGGUGUUCAAACCUUGAAUCCAA